AUGAAGGUUGGUGCAAAGAAGCAGUUGUUUGACCUGCCACCCAACGCUGAGUUGAGAUUUGAAGUGGAGGAGGAUUCAGGCCCCAUUCAAAUCGAGUUAUCGUCGGGGAAUGCUGAAUAUUUCGGCACUGAAUUGGUUCUAAAAAGAAAUUACACGUUUCCAGUUGGAGCAAAAGGUGCCAUCUUCACUUACCAUGGCUGUCAAUUGUGGGUAAUUGGCAAGAGUGAAGAUCUGUACACGAAAGAUAGCCCAACGAUGAACAUAUACAUAAACUUGCACGACGCCCUCGAUCAGAUGAGGAGGAAAGCCGUUGAAACGAUGAAUAGGGGACCGAGAGUUUUAAUAGUAGGACCGUCAGAUGUAGGCAAAAGUACGCUCAGUAGAAUUCUGGUGAAUUACGGGACGAGACUGGGCUGGACCCCCCUGUUCAUUGAUCUGGAUGUCGGACAGAAUGAAAUCUCUAUGCCUGGAACUGUGAGUGCCCUGUGCAUAACACAGCCGGUCGACAUUGAAAAGGGCUACGAUACGAAAAACCAACUGGUCUUUCAUUACGGUCACGAGUCUCCGACAGAGAAUACAAAGUAUUUCAAUUCAGUGGUCAAUUUUUUGGCCGAGUGCGUCAACUUCAAGUGCGAGAUGAGCGAUGAGUGUAACGCCAGUGGAGUCAUCAUAAAUACAGGCGGAUGCAUAAGGGAUGAAGGGUACAAGUGCUUACUUAAUGUUGCCGCCGCCUUCGAAAUUGAAGUCCUCGUAGUGAUUGAUAACGAACUGCUCUACACGAAAUUUCAAAACGAUCUUCCUCUUUUUGUGAAAACUGUGAUGCUUCCAAAAUCAGGCGGCGCUGUUCAAAGAAGCCAGGAAUUCCGAGCGAAUAGCAUGUAUAUGAAUAUAAAGAAAUAUUUUUACGGUGCUUCAAAUGAGUUGCAUUCGCACACGUGCGAUGUUCAAUUUCAAGAGGUUGAGAUAUACAAGAUUGGAGCUCCCAAACUUCCGGCAUCAAUGCUCCCAUUGGGAGUCAUCCUUGAAGACUCCGAUAUGAAAUUAACCCCUGUAUCAGUGUCUGGCUCGUUGGAAAACUGCGUACUGAGCACCAGCUUUGCUUCGACCAGAGACGAGAUCAUGAAGAAUAACGUGUCCGGAUUCGUUGCUGUCUUGAAAGUGGACACACAGAAACAAACGAUGACCAUUUUGUCGCCGGAGCCCAGGCCAUUCUCCUGGAACAUUCUACUGCUCAUGGACAUAAAAUUCUCGGAGAUAUAG